CGCAGUUCCAAACGGGACUCGAGGUGCUCCCUGAAUCUAUUGAUAGUGAUGUUGGCUAUCCCUAUUUCCUAUUAUCAAAAUCUGGACGGCACAUACAAAAAGACUAUUUGGAUUUAGAUCUAGCAUGUCGCCUUGAAGGGGUAUAGGGACACUGUUAGGCAAAAAAAGCGGAGGGCGGCACUAUGUUGAGCUGGUAUCAAGCUAAGGUGGCCAGAAGGCCUCUCCUGACACAAGCUAUAACCACUGCUGUACGUCCUUGCAACACAUGUUCUUGCCCCAGCUGAUCCAGGAAGAUUUUAUUUGGCGCUGGUGAUACUUUGGCACAACAGGCUGUGGAACGGAAAGGAUUUCGCAACCAUGAUGCGGCACGAACAGGCCGAAUGGUCCUAUAUGGAGGCCUUAUUUUUGGACCAGCCGCCACUAAGUGGUAUCAAUUCUUGCAGAAACGAAUCAACCUGCAGUCGCAUAACGCAACCAUCGCUGCUCGAGUGGUUGCAGAUCAGACCAUCUUCUCCACAUGUAAUCUUGCAUUGUUCCUGUCAAGCAUGUCCUAUCUCGAAGGGACCGAUCCCAAGAAGAAGCUCGAAAAGAGUUACUGGCCUGGGCUCAAAGCCAACUGGGCUUUAUGGCCCGCUGUGCAGGCAGUAAACUUCAAGUUUGUGCCUCUGGAUCAGCGUGUUCUUGUCGUCAACAUUGUUAGUCUGGGGUGGAAUUGUUUCUUGAGUUGGUUGAACAGCUCCAAAUGAAACCAGCGCAUGUGGGAGAUAAUAGAAAUCCGCGGGAGUGACUGCCCAUUGAGUUCCCAAGGAGGGCCCGUAGUUGGAUCGGUAGCAUUGGCAUAGAAGGACAGGGGUGUUAGAUGGAGAGAGUCUGCAAAAUUAGCACAGACGUCUAGCAUCACGGAUGAGAGGUGUUAAGAGCUGAGAAAGUGAUCAGGUACUUGUUUGCCGAGAAGAACCGCAG